CGCGUGAUAUCGUGGAUGUUGUGUGUCGUGUGUUUCGUGGCUAACGCGUACAUUGUCAAUCACUUUCCACCAAAUACACAAAUGCAGCUCGUGAUGACAGUUUACCGAAGCAUACUGCUAAACAAAUUCUCGCAGCCGGCGGCUGAGUAACGGUGCUGGAGCUGGCGCGAGGUCCUCACCCGCGUUAGGUGCGUGUGGGCCACCUAUCCGCGUCCAAGCUGUGUUGGACACUCAAGUCAUGGUAUCGAGGUUCGACACGAAUUUCGGUUGCGAGGAUUUUUUCGGGACUUAUCACUGCACCCAAGACAUGGCUUGCGAUCGUGGUGAUUCGGACUUCGAGUUCAUUAUACCGCCAGAGGCGCCGGUCUUCGAACCGAGUAUUGAAGAGUUUCACGACCCCCUUGGCUACAUUGCAAAAAUACGACCGAUCGCGGAGAAGUCUGGUAUUUGUAAAAUCAAACCGCCGCCUAAUUGGCAGCCACCAUUUGCUGUUGAUGUUGAUAAAUUUAAAUUUGUUCCACGAAUACAAAGAUUAAAUGAAUUGGAGGCAAAAACAAGGAUAAAACUAAAUUUUUUAGAUCAAAUUGCAAAGUUUUGGGAACUACAAGGUUCCUCUUUAAAAAUUCCUCUUGUAGAACGCAAAGCUCUUGAUUUAUAUUCUUUACACAAGAUUGUCACAGAUGAAGGUGGAAUUGAAACAGUAACAAGGGAAAGAAGGUGGGCAAAAAUUGCAAAUAAAUUAGGUUAUCCAUCUGGACGCAGCGUAGGCAGCAUAUUAAAAAAUCAUUAUGAACGAAUUUUGUAUCCAUUCGAUGUCUUUAAGCAAGGGAAAACUUUGACAGACAUUAAAAUUGAACCAGAUUCCAAUGUGAGUGAAAAGAAGGACAGAGACUAUAAACCACAUGGAAUCAUCUCACGUCAGCAAAUCAAACCUCCAGCUGAGAAAUUUUCACGGCGGUCAAAAAGAUUCACUGGCCAAGAAGAAAAACAGGAAGUAUCUAUUAAACAAGAAGAUUGUAAGGAAGAAUGUGAUUCUGACAAUGACUGUAAAGAUGGACUGAGAAGUAAAAAUGGUGAUGAUAAUAGUAAAGAGCUUAAGAAAUUACAGUUUUACGGACCUGGCCCAAAAAUGGCUGGAUUUAAUACCAAAGAAGCAAAGAAAUCUAAUAAGACUAGAGGUGUGAAACUUGUUUAUGAAUUUGAUCCUUUGGCAAAAUAUAUUUGUCACAAUUGUGGAAGAGGUGACAAUGAAGAAAAUAUGCUUCUCUGUGAUGGAUGUGACGAUAGUUAUCAUACUUUCUGUCUUAUGCCACCGUUAACAGAAAUACCAAAAGGUGAUUGGCGGUGUCCAAAGUGUGUUGCCGAAGAAGUUUCCAAGCCGAUGGAAGCAUUUGGAUUUGAGCAAGCACAGAGGGAGUAUACUCUUCAACAAUUUGGAGAAAUGGCUGAUCAAUUUAAGAGCGAUUACUUCAACAUGCCUGUACAUAUGGUGCCAACAUCCUUAGUAGAAAAAGAAUUUUGGCGAAUAGUUUCUUCGAUCGAUGAAGAUGUAACAGUUGAAUACGGGGCAGAUUUACACACAAUGGAUCAUGGUUCGGGAUUUCCAACAAAAACAAGCGUUAAUUUAUUUACAUGCGACCAAGAAUAUGCUGAAUCUUCAUGGAACUUAAAUAAUUUGCCAGUUUUACGUACGAGCGUAUUAGGUCACAUUAAUGCUGACAUCAGUGGCAUGAAAGUACCAUGGAUGUACGUAGGCAUGUGUUUUGCAACAUUUUGCUGGCACAACGAGGAUCACUGGAGCUACUCGAUCAACUACCUACACUGGGGAGAACCAAAAACGUGGUACGGUGUUCCAGGCGCUCAGGCAGAACGAUUUGAGCAUUCAAUGAAAUCUGCUGCUCCAGAACUAUUUCAUAGUCAGCCAGAUUUGCUCCAUCAGUUGGUUACUAUCAUGAAUCCAAAUAUUUUGACAAGCGAAGGUGUUCCAGUAUUCAGAACUGAUCAGCACGCGGGAGAAUUUGUUGUGACAUUUCCAAGAGCGUACCAUGCCGGAUUCAAUCAGGGAUAUAACUUUGCUGAAGCUGUGAAUUUCGCACCUGCAGAUUGGCUUAAAAUUGGCCGGGAAUGUAUUACGCAUUAUUCGAAUUUAAGACGAUUUUGUGUAUUUUCUCAUGAUGAAUUGGUAUGCAAAAUGUCACUGGAUCCAGAUUCAUUGGAUAUAGGAAUUGCGACCGCAACUUAUCAUGACAUGCUGCAGAUGGUAGACGACGAGAAAAAAUUACGAAAAAAUUUAUUGGAAUGGGGCGUAACAGAAGCAGAACGCGAAGCAUUUGAACUUUUACCCGAUGAUGAGAGACAGUGUGAAGCGUGCAAAACAACUUGUUUCUUAAGUGCGGUUACAUGUUCAUGCCAGAGUUCACAGUUAGUUUGCUUGAGACAUUUUACCGAACUUUGUGAUUGCUCUCCAGAGAAGCACACAUUACGUUAUCGAUAUACUUUAGACGAACUACCCAUUAUGUUACAAAAGUUAAAAUUAAAAGCAGAGUCUUUUGACUCAUGGGUAACAAAAGUAAAAGAAGCAAUGGAUCCUGAUAAGAAGAGUGAUAAAAUUGAGUUGAACGAGUUGAAGGAGCUUUUGAACGAAGCGGAAAAUAAAAAGUUCCCAGAAAGUGAGCUAUUAACAGCUUUAACAACUGCUGUACAAGAUGCUGAAAAGUGUGCAAGUGUCGCGCAACAACUUCUAAACAACAAGCAGCGAACCAGAACCAGACAAUCGGUUGAAACUAAAUAUAAACUUACAGUAGAAGAAUUAACUCUUUUUUAUAAAGAAAUCACAAAUUUGUGCUGUGAACUGAAAGAAUCAGACGGUGUAAAAUUUAUACUUGAUCAAGUGUUACAAUUUCAAAAAGAAGCUGAAGAAUUAGAUGCUAAGGAUAAUUGUGAUAUUGAACAGCUGGAAAAAUGUAUCGAUUUUGGAGAUUCUAUCUGUAUCGAGCUACCUCAACUCGUUUGUUUGAAACAAAAAUUAACACAAAUUCAGUGGCUUGUCGAAGUAAAGUCUAUUCAAGAAGAUCCAAAAUCUAUACAUCGCGACGAUUUAGCAAAAUUAAUUGAAAAAGGUAUGACGAUACCGCCUCAUUUAAGUAUAGAAAAUACACUUUCCGAACUACAAGCGUUAAUGAUUGGAAUCGAUAAAUGGGAAGAGAAAGCAAAGUUGUAUCUUCAUAUGAAAAGCAGACAAAAUAUAUCGUCUUUAGAAGAAUUUAUUCGCGAAGCCGACGAAGUAGAAGCUUACUUACCAAGUUUAGAUAUUCUCCAAGACACAUUGAACAAAGCAAAAAAUUGGACAAAAAUGGUAGAGGAGGUGCAAGCGAGAGAAAAUUUUCCUUACUAUGAUACGUUAGAUGAUCUGAUUAAAAAGGGCAGAAGUAUUCCGUUGCACCUGGAUGCUUUACCAAUUUUAGAGUCUACUCUUUCGCAAGCAAAGGCUUGGAAAGAAAGGACAGCGAGAACAUUCCUAAGGAAAAAUUCACAUUAUACCUUAAUGGAGGCUUUAUCUCCGCGAAUUGGAGUUGGUAUACAAGCGUUGAAGGCUAAGAAGAGUAAGAGUGAAGAGUCUGUAGGACCUGUCUUUGUCUGUGAUACAAAAUUGGACGAUUCCAAUGAUUCGGCUACCGUCGUGGCUGCGUUUAAAUUAGCCGAGCAGCGCGAAAUGGAAGCGAUGAGAAAUUUAAGAGAGAGAAAUUUAAUGAAAACCGAGAUAGACGAUUCUAGGUAUUGCGUCUGUCGUCGGCCAAGAUUCGGGCUUAUGCUUCAAUGCGAACUUUGUAAAGAUUGGUUUCAUUCCAAUUGUGUACCAUUACCAAAAACGUCGUACAAAGGAAAAUUACCAAUGUCGAGGGAGAUUAAGUUUUUAUGCCCUUGUUGUUUACGCUCGCGGCGACCACGGCUAGAAACAAUUUUGGCACUUUUAGUCAGUCUUCAAAAAAUUCCAAUUCGUUUACCAGAAGGUGAGGCAUUGCAAUGUCUAACAGAACGUGCAAUGAAUUGGCAGGAUCGAGCUCGGCAAGCAUUGGCUACGGAUGAGAUUUCAUCGGCGUUAGCAAAGUUAUCCGUUCUGUCGCAAAAAUUAGUGGAAGCCGCGGCAAGAGAAAAGACAGAAAAGAUAAUUAGCAGCGAGUUGAAAAAAGCGGCGAAUAACCCCGAGCUGCAUCAAAGGGUACAAGCAAUUGCGCCACUUAGCGGUGUACACUCGGACGAUAGUGCACUUAGUACUGCAGACGACGACGACGAUGUUGUUACUAUAGACGACGACGAACCAAGUUGCAGUACGUUUAACAGUAACGAACACGCUUACUCUUAUAUAUCUAAAGUACAACGUAAAUCUCAGUCAAACGAUUCAGCCGAAGCCGCAGUUAUGCUCUCGCAGUCUGCAAGGUUACGCCUAGAAGAAUUAAUGAUGGAAGGUGAUCUGUUGGAAGUUGCGCUCGACGAAACGCAACACAUAUGGCGCAUAUUAAGUCACACAAACAGUCCAAGUACUGUUCGCAAAUACGCAGCAUACGAAGAAGUACAAACCAAUGUAACCACCCAGGAUCCAAAGGAUAUAAAAAAGCGGGGAAGGAAAAGGAAGUCCGAGGAGUUCGAGCUACUUAAGAAACUUGGACGGCAAAAAAUGGAAGAGAAGAAUUUAGCCAAACGUAAGGGUUUACAGAAAGAAAAGAAAUCUGCCAGUUCCCCGUUGCCCUUAAAGCGCGGACCUCGAAAGAUGAAACGCAAAGAAGGCGACGAGGUGCCGAAGAAAAGGGGUGGUAACCGAAAGAAGACCAAACAGGACACUUCCGACGAAGAAGAUGAUUGCGCAGCUGUCAAUUGCUUACGACCCAGCGGGAGGGAAGUUGAUUGGGUUCAGUGCGAUGGUGGCUGCGAGGGUUGGUUCCACAUGCACUGCGUCGGAUUGGAUCGUACGGAAAUAGCGGAAGAAGACGAUUACAUUUGUAGUAAUUGCAAAGAAGCAGAACAAAAUUCGACGUCGAGAGCGCCAGAUCCGCUAGCUGAAUCGUUAGGCCUGGAUGCACUUCUUUCCCUUUCUCAAUCUCAGGGAUACCAGGGCACAGACAGUGAAGCAGACAUCCAGGAAACGACAUCCUUCGUCAGGACCUACUAGCCCACUUUAUCUUGUUAGGUCCGUACAAGGCUAGGAUGCUCACCGAUUUCAAAUCAUUUCGACUGUAAAUCUACAGUCUGACAUUUAAUGUUACCUAUCACUUUUACCCCAGUCCGUUGGUACUGCAGGUCAUCGUGUGUCAUAUGGUUAUUGUUGCGAGUGGACGUUGGAGAUAAAGUAUUAUAUUACAGUCAUAUUUCAAUCCUGACGACUGUGAACAUUAUUUUUUUUACUUUGAUUUGAUGCGCUUUAUAGAACAGCAAAGUUUUUCGUAUGUAUAGCAUUGCAUUGUAUUUUAUUUUUUCUUCCGUUUUUUUUUUUUGAGAUAAGAAACGUUUAUCCUUGCUAGGAGAUGGACUUAUUGUUCAAGUGUAAUACAUUCGUUUGUAUUUGUGGUAAAUUAUUUUCAUUGCAUUACAUUUUUACGCGCCUAAACGGCUCGAACCGGUUAAUGUUAAUUAAUAACAUUAAUCCCCGUUUGUUUUUACAUUUACAUUUAAAGUGUACGUUGAUUCUAAAUUAAUUAUGAACUUCUACCGGGGAAAAAAAAAUAAAAAUAUUUUUUCUAUGGGUCGUAAUACGUAGAUAUCGCGGAUGAACCGUGAUGUGUUUCGUAAUUUGUACGCGGAUUUUUGAAAAAAAAAAAGUCAAUAUUUUGCAUCUGAUUGUAACUUGUUGUCCCUUGUCUCUCGUUAUUAAUGUCGAUGAAAAAGAAAAUUCACGUUUCGCGAGACCAACGACUGUCAAAUAACAAACGGUAUGCGUUAACACUAUUUAUAAUGCGAUUCUAUAGCGUGAGAGCGAUUACUCUUAAAAAGAGUGCAGGGUAGAGGGAUGCAACAGAAUCCGGGGCAUUGUUUGACCUAACGAUUUGGGCGAUAUGUGACACAGGAAAAAAAAAAAGAAAUUAGCGACGGCGAAUAAGUAGGCGUAACAAAGGGGGAAAAAUAAAUGAGUCGUCUCAGAAUACUUCUGUUCUGAAGAAGAUUCCGUCAGUUUUUGUAUCAGUUUUUAAUUGUAAUGGCGCAAAGUGGAACAGAAGUCCGUUUGCACCAUGUAGUAUGUACAGAUAGACUGAGAGAUGUGUGUAUUAAGAUAUAGAUAUUAUACGUAUAUAUAAGAAAAUUAGAUGGAAACAUAAUAGGUAGAAAUAAGUUACAGUUUGUAUAAAGAAUUGAAUUGACACGCAGAUACAUGGCAUAUCUAAAUCUGCCUUCCUGAUAUAAUUAAUUCAAAUUUAUCGGAUUUUGGACCAGAGUGUACAACUUAUGAUUGGUUCCAUUCACGAGUCAUUUAAUUUUUCAUUUAAUUUUUGUACUUCUUGCCACGGACAUUUACGGUAUUGAUAUUUGGGUUGAGAUUUCGUUGAAAGGGCCUAAUCGAAGGAAGUAUCUUUUAUAGAAAGAACAAAUUCUAUUUCAGGUACUAACGCAUAAUUUUAUGAUUUAAACUAAACGAAAAUAACAUUUGUCUUAAUUUCUCGUACGACUCUGUUACCAUUUUAAUAUUUAAAUUUGGCGAAACGAGCUAAUCGUGCAUAAAAUUCUACAUUGCUGAUAUUUAAAUCGCAUCGUUUUAUGAAUUAAACGUUUCAUCGACUAAAAUUUUCAAUGUUAGGGGCUUUGAUCGGUCAUUUGACACAACUAAAUUUUAUCUAACAUUUUUAAUGUCCACGUAAUGUAACGCAUCGUAAUAGUGUAAUUAAACCAUACUUAUUACUUUGUACAUUAAAAAGUAUUAUAAAAUCGCUAAAUAUAAAAGUUAUAAAGAUACUUACACUAACGAUUAGAUAUAUUCCGUAACAAAUGAUUUUAUAAAUGUUGUAAGCAUUACACAAAAUAUGGAUCUCAUUCUCUAUGAACAGGACUAAAAACGAAAGGGUGUACAUCGUGUUAUCAUUCAUGUAAAGUAUAGAAUUUGUGUAUUUGAUGUUGACUCUGGUACAAAACCAUGCUUCGUAUGGUAGUUGAUAAUGACUUUCUAGUUAUUUUUUAAUGUGAUCGUUGAACUAAGUUUUUUUUUUAAAAAAAAAAAAGAAAAAAAAACGAUUCGUUUUACUAUCUCGUGCAAAUGUGUUAUGUGCGUGUCUCUGUCUACUUGUGUAGUUCUUUGCACGGUAUGCAAAGUGUAAUUGUAUAAAAAAAAAAAAGAAACUUCUAUCCUAGAUCAAUUGGCGAAACCAGCGUGUUAGCAGCGCGAGAAACUUUGUAUAAUUACUUGUUAAAGAAAAAGUGUCGUUCAUUGAGUUUCCAUGCAAAAGUUAAACUCUAUGAAUGCAUGUUAUGUGUGGAACGGACACGCGACUGUUUUAAACGCUCGUAUAAUCCGUAAAACGCGAACUGUCAGCGGUGACAUUUGCAAAUGGAUUCUGUUAACGAGUAUCUAUGUUCCAUUGUUAGACGUAGCUUAAGAAAGACGGAUUGUUUCUACAAUCGGUUAACAGAAUCCAUUUUUAAGUAACUGGUGUGUAGAGAUAAGGGAGGUAUCGACGUGUAUCAGUGUGUUAACGCGUUACGUUUAAAACAGAGUGCGGGUCAAAGAAUCGAUGAGACAUUAUGUGUACACACAUAUAUUUUUGUACAGAUACGUACGGGCUCGAUGAUCUAUUCGAUCAUCGUACCCGGAUAUACGCGGGAACACAGUGAAUUUCUAACGAUAGUGUUUUCGCGGUUUGGGUUAGACGGAAGUGUGAAUUUCAUUUGUUUCCUUUCAUAAUAAGUAUAUAUAUAUACACAUACAUAUAUUGGUUACAUAUAUUUUAUACGAGGUACUUAGAAUCAUCUUUUUCUAUUAAGCGACACGAGAAAAUUUCAUCGGUACACUAUCAUUAAAAAUACAUUGUGAUUAAUAGCUUGAGAAGAUUGAAACCGCGUGAUUGCUCACAGCUGUUGCUACAUGCAGGGUGGACAUACUGGAACAUUGUACUUUACCAUAAAAAAAAAGAAACCACUUGUGUACUAUGUUGAAUAUUGAUGACUUGAAAUAUUGAUUCAGCAUGUAUAAAGGCGAGUGCCUACACGUUCCCAUGGAGUUGUACUAAUUCAUCGUACGAAAGAAAAUUCGUCUUUUGUUCGCCUUCCCCCGAUGACAAGCACAAAACGGUCUAGUAUUAAUUUUUGUUUCCCUUGCAAUGAAAUGUUCGCGUAACAUGCACUUCUAGCAGAUUAAACAGUUCACUGGACCCGAACAAAUAGUGUAUUAUUAAAGAAAAAGUAUUAUAUUUCGACCAAAAUCGUUUUUUGUAAAUUAAUGUUGUAAUUAGAUGUCACGACCACGUGUAGCAAAUUCUAAUUUCUGAGCGCAGCUGAUACUUUUUUUUUUUUUUUAAACAUCGUUCACGUAUUGUUUAAAGGGAGAGUUAUUAGUUGUUUUUCUUUUUUUUUUUUUUAACUCAUCGAGGAUUUCGUUUGAAACUCCUGUUUUGUGAUACGAUUAUGAAUUGCUUACUAGUGAUAGAAAGUCAUUUAUUUUCACGUCAGUGAAUGUUUCAUCUUAUUUUUUUUUAUAUCGUUUUAGGAUUGUGCAUAUGUUUUUUUGUUUGUAUUUAAAAGAAAGUGAUAGAAUUUAAUGCAAAAUCAAUGAUCAAUUGGAAACUUCGAUAUUGGCCUAAUUUUGUUUAAUGUAUACAUAUAUAUGGUAAUUACUUACAAGCGAAUGAGUCAUUCAUUUUCAUUGAAAUUAUUUAGUCAGAAGGCGUUACUUAACUUCCAAUGCAUCGUUACUAAUCGUCUUAAUAAUCAGCUCGAUCGUUUCUUUACGCUUUGUUUCUUCCUAUUUCUGUGCACCGCGCAGAAAAAGUCUCGCGUAGAAGCGUUUGCGACAAAUUUUACUUGUUUUUUUUAGUUAUUCCAAACUUCGCCUCGCAAGUAAGCCCCUUGAAAUUCCACCAAAAAUGUGUAUAGUCGGUAGAGAAACACUAUUGCAGAUUUCGUAUUUUUACAUUUUUCAUUUAUUCGUGUUUUGUUUUGUUUUGUUUUUGAAUUUCUUCGAAGUCGAUUCGUUGACGAGAAAAAUCUUUUUGUUAAUGGGUGCGAUCCUCCAUCGUCGUCACCAUUGCGUAAAUAACUAUUUUACUAUACGACGCUCGGAUAUAGUUUAUUUCCUUUAUACGCGAAUCAUUGUAGACAGACGAAUAUUUAUGAACAGUAAAUGUAACUUAAGGCUAAGUAGCGUUAAAGUAGUCCUUUAUUUGUAAGAUUAUAUCACUUUGAUUUCCGAUAAAAUAUAUUUAAUGUAUAUGUGUA